UGAUAGCUGCGUCGAUGAAAUAGAGAAGACGAAGCACCACUGUGCCACUGAUAAAUCAACAAUGAAUGACACGGGACGUGACACUUGUGUUUAAAAAAAAUACUUGAAGACAUUUUUGCUUUUUUAUUUUGUUUAAAAGGUUUUUUGAAGUUUUUUUCAUACUGACGUUCUGUUGUUGUUGCUGCUGUUGUUAUUGUUGUUGUUUUUUGCUUGUUGUUGUUUUUGUUGUUUGUUGUUUUUUCUUUGUUGUUGUUAUUUAUCUCUUAUUGUUGGAGCUACUGCUGCUGUUGUUGCUGUCGUAUGAUUUGUUUUUAGUUAGAUCUUUAAGCGUUUUUAGAAUUUUCUCAAAGUGAUGUUGGUCGCAAACUAAUUAUUUAUUUUUGGAGUCAACCACAUCUUUAGCAAAGAGUAUUUAUUUCCUGGUUCAUCUGUGGUUUUAUUUGAACACAGUAUUUUAAAGGAGCUGGGUACAAAGUUUGUUUUAUUUUUGUGUACUUUCAUAAAAAGAGCGCCUGUUUUUACAUUAUCGCGUCUGGUAUGCACAACAAAUUUUUAACAAAUGUGUGAUCGUAAAUCUUCUGUUGUUUAUGGGAAAGCGAAAAUAGUGCUAAAAGUGAUAUCACACAUUUUAGGCAAAUGAAGAUGAAUUAGUUAAAGCAGAUUAUUUAUUUAUUUUUUCAUUGUUUAUCUAUUGGUUUUGUUGAAGAUUUAAAAGAUCAUUUUCGCCUGCUGUAUGUAAGAAACAGCCACAAACAUGAGAUGUUUUUUGAUUCUUGUUGUCAUAUGCAGUCAAAAUAUAGGAACCGUAGCUGCAAAGAAAGGUUUUUUAUGUUGGACUGCAAAGAAACAAGACAGUUGUAGGAGAGUUCUUGGGUACUUCGACAACUCUCCAUCGUGUUGCAAAAGCGGAGGCACUGCAACGACGGAGUAUGAAUCUGCAGCUCUUGCUUUCAAAUACAGAUACGGUUUAAUCAAAGCACCAUGUGUAACUUGUCCAGGCGCAACAAAAGGUGCCUGCAAGGAAACGAUAUGCAGUGAAAGCGGAAAUAAUUGCAAAUACUCGAGAUUAUGUGCUAAGGUGACAGGUAAAGUGUGUGGCACAGAUGGAGUGACGUACGCAGAUGGUUGUGAAAUGAGUAAAAUAUUAUGUGCAAGUAACAUCAACAACGUUGAUAUCGCCUACAAUGGAAAUUGUAAAGAUUUUUGUAAGGGCGUUACAUGUUCAGAUGGAAAGUCUUGUGUUUACGAUCAAAGUGGCGCCUCAUACUGCAUCACGCGCACGUGUCCGUCCUCCUGCAUACCAGGACAGCAGCUAUGCGCAGCGGAUGGGAAAACAUACGAAUCUCAUUGUCACCUACUUAAAGCUGCAUGCGACUCGCAUCAAGUUAUAGCAGUUGCCCAUCAUGGUCCCUGCACGACAAAAGAGAGGUGUGAUGGAAUUAUUUGCAAGGUUGGACACAAAUGUGUUACCAAUAGUAAGGGUAAACCUCAGUGUAUUAAUUGUUGUGAAAAAAACGUUAGCGUUGCUCUGUUUGAAAUUUGUGGUUCAAAUGGAAAAGUUUAUUAUGAUUGGUGUGACCUCAAACGUGAAUCGUGUAAGACGGGAAAGAUUAUCCAUGUAGAUUUCAGUGGUAAAAAAUGCAAAACUUGAAAUACUUGGUCAUACGUAUGUAAGUAAAACAUUUGGAGAUAGAAGCUGUUUCUGUCAAAUCUUUUGACUGAUAGCCGCCGGAAGAAAAAAUCUUCGAAACGGAAUAAGAAGAAAGUGUAGCUAUAUAGAAAUUUUUGGCGCUUGUAAUAUCAACCUUGUUUUUUGUAGCUUCUUCUGUCGUUCAAGCAAUAAGGAGCCAUGGGAACGAGAUUGCUGGUAAAGUGACCUAUAAGUUAAAAAAAUAUUGGUUAACCCUUGAAUGCCUCAUAACUUUAGAAAUUUUCAAAACUUUGCCUUUGAUUAUCUCCUUAACAACCGUUCAUAUCAGGUACUUAACAGCGACCCCCUAUCACAUAGGAAAGCAAUAGGGGUCCCUCCCCCUGCAAACCCCGUUCGAUGCCAUAUGAGGACACCAGGCACGAAAAGGUUAAGAUAUUGAUGUGUCUAUUAAAUAUUUCCAUCAAUAUUCUAAUCUCCAGAGCUCUUUCAGAUAAGCCAAGAUUAGAAUGCACUGAGUGUCGUUAAUUUUUAAUUGCAUAAUUUCUCCUCGAGAAAGAGCUUAACAAUCGCGAACUUUUGAAAUUUAUGCUGAUAAGGGCCAGAAUUUUAUGUACUUAAGUUGUUUUUCUUUACCUUUCCAAAUUUUUUAUUUUCACCUUUCAAACAUAUAAUUAAUUGUUUACUAACGAAAUUUCUGUAGAUAGCAUUUUGUAAUUCAUUAUGUCCGGUUUAGUUAACGAAAAACACGCCUAGUUCGUACUCUCUGUGUGUGAUUUGUUAUUUUUUAUCAUAUAGUAUACUGUAUAUGUACAUAUUUAUAUAUCUUUUAUAUUAAUACUCAAUUUUUUUAUGGUUCUACUAAAGAAAAGAAAAUGUUAUUUUUGAAAAA